UGUACUGUACAGAGACGAAACUUGGACCAUGGCGGAAGACGACGACACGAAAAUCCGGAUUUUGCAAAGUCUCAGAGGAAAGAUAUGCGAAGCAAAGAAUAUUGGUCCGAGCUCAGGGCCGAACCGUCUCCGCGACCUCUGCACCUUCUGCACCAUCAGUUUGGACCAGGAGGAAGUAUAUCGCACAAAGGUUUUCGAGAAGAGUGGGAAAGUUCAUUUAGAGAUGAAGCUGAAUGAGCUGAUCACAGAGAAUGGAUCCAUCUGCCAACAGCUUGUGGUUCAAAUAAUUGCGUGUCAGGGUUUGCCGUUGAUAAGUGGGCAGAACUGUGAUCCGUACGCCACAGUAACACUCGUAGGACCCACCAGGUCAGACCAGAAAAAAACUAAAGUGAAGAAGAAAACCAGCGACCCUCAGUUUGACGAGACCUUUCAUUUUGAGGUCACGAGGUCAAGCAGUUACAAAGGGAGGUCACAGUUUCAUGUAGAGGAGGAGGACAUAGAGAAACUGGAGAUCAAGGUAGAGCUGUGGAAUAAUGGUAACUUGGCACAGGACGUGUUCCUCGGAGAGACACGAGUAUCUGUGAAAAUCCUGAGAAACGACCAUGUCCACAGAGCAUGGUACUUGCUACAGCCGAAAGGAAACGGUACGAAGUCUAAGCCAGAUGAUCUGGGCUCUCUCCGUUUGAAGGUAACAUACACAGAGGACAACGUCCUGCCCUCUACCUGCUACACAGCACUCCGCAACCUAAUGCUCAAGUCUCCGGAUGUCAAGCCCAUCUCAGCAUCAGCAGCUCAUGUACUGGGAGAUAUUUGCAGGGAGGGUGUCGGGUAUGAAGCGCUGCUCCCUGUGGUCAGACUGCUGCUCCAUCACAACCGCCUACUGCCCUUUCUCACUGCUGUUGCUGCACUGGAGCUGGAGAAUACACAAGAGGCCAACACCAUAUUCAGAGGCAACUCUCUGGCCACCCGCUGUAUAGAUGACAUGAUGAAGAUUGUGGGCCGAAGUUACUUAACCGUCACUCUAAAACCUGUUCUCAAUGAGAUCUUUGAAUCAAUUAAAACCUGCGAGAUUGAUCCAGUCAAACUGAAAGAGGGCGAUAAUGUGGAGGUCAACAAGGAGAAUCUUCAGGGUUACGUGCAGAAGGUUUUUACAUCUAUAACACAGUCCAGCUCUAGCUGUCCCCCCCUCAUGUGUGAUGUCUUUAGGUCACUCCGGCAGCUCGCAUCGAAACGCUUUCCAGCUGAUCCUCAUGUUCAGUACUCGGCGGUCAGCAGUUUCAUCUUUCUGAGGUUUUUUGCGGUGGCAGUUCUCUCUCCACACACCUUCCAGCUGAGAUCCCAUCACCCUGAUCCUGAAAUAUCCCGCACACUCACUCUCAUCUCCAAAACCAUCCAGUCCCUGGGCAGCUGGGGCAGCCUUUCCAAGAACAAACUGUCUAGCUUUAAAGAAACAUAUAUGUGUGAUUUCUUCAAGUUAUUCCAAGAAGAUGAAUGUAUAGAGAAAGUUAAAAAGUUCUUAGAUGAAAUCUCCUCUAAUGUCAGUAAGGAGUCCAGUGGAGUGGAGGAUUCAUUUGUGCUGAAGGAAGGAGAGAUACAUAAGCGGGCCCAGGGCAAAAAGCGAAUAGGAAAAAAGAACUUCAAGAAACGCUGGUUACGAGUGACCAAUCAAGAGCUGUCCUAUCACAAGCAGAAAGGGAAAGAAGCGCUGUGUGUCAUUCCUGUGAAAAACAUCCUUGGUAUUGAGAAACUGGAAGAAAGUGCCUUUAAUCGCAAAAACAUGUUUCAGGUAAUCCACUCAGAGAAGCCCCUGUACGUCCAGGCGAAUAACUGUGUAGAGACCAACAGCUGGAUUGAGGUGUUGAGUCAGGUCAGCCGGUGUAAUCCGGGACGCCUCAGCACAUUUCACCUCUCUGCUUAUGUCAGUGGAUCGUGGUUAUGCUGUAAGGAGCCCAAUGAAAGUGCUCCAGGCUGCAAACCCUGCACUGCCACAGUGUUGGCUAAUAUUCAACUGGACAUCGACUGUGACCGGGAAACGGAGCGCAUCUUCUCCUUCUUCUCCUCCUACCGCUCCAGACUACAGAAGAUGGAGGACGUCUGUGCCGGUAUGUCAGUGUAUCUUGGGCAGCAGGAGGAGUGUUCGGCCUUCACUAUACAGGACCCUAAAGAGACCUUCCGCACCAUUAAGGAGCUCGGAGAAGUGCUGGACGAGCUGCAGUCUCACCAUGACUCAAAGGGGGCACUAACUGAUGAACCAGGCACUAUAGAGAAUCCUAUAGUUGGAAAGACGGCGUAACGUUGCAAUCGUGGGACCAGGUGGAGCUGAUACAUCCACACCAGCAGAGGGCGCCAUGUUUGCUGAUAUACAGGAUCGUGACAGCGCUCUGAUAAUGCUACGAAAAAUCGCUGCCAUUCCACACAAGACUGAGUCUAACCUCUCCAGCAGUGGCCUGAUCUGGAGUUACAGUGUACAUGGAAGAAUUCGGCCAGUCAAGAGUCCAGUGGCGUGUCUGUGAGUUGCUAAUCAUUGGAAAAAAAAAGAAAAUCAAGCUCUUUUCUCUGUGUGCCUGUCCGAUCUCAGUCUUGUAUCGGUUUUUAAGUUUUAUAAGUAACCUCAAUUGCCAGUCCGCACAGUAAGAAAAGAUUCAAUCACCUCUUAUCCAUUUCUAAACAGGCUGUGAAAGUCCAGACACCAAGAGUAAGUCUGAGGAAUUAUAGCUGCUAAAAUAGUCUAUGAAAGUACUCAAACCUUCACAUAUUUUCUUUUCUUCGUAAACCAUCGGUUUCUUCAGACUACUGCUGGUCUGAUGUUUCGACAAGUAAAAUAACGAUGUCAAAGGGAAUUCUCAUCGUUCUUUGUAGUAUCAUCCCUUUUGGCCCGUCAUUUGAGUGUGUGCACGGUUUUCUAUCUGUAGAGGAUAGAAUUAAUCUGCCUUAUAAAUUCAGUGGAGGUACUUACAAUCCCACACUUGUGUAUGAAUUAGGGACUAAUGCAGAAGCACUUUAGAUAUUUGGAAAUAUUCCAGAUGAGAUUGUUUUAGAUACGUGGUAUCAACCUUUUUGUUUUUGUUUUAUUUUUUCCCAAUAUCGAUCAGUUACAUGAUCAACCCUUGUGUAAUGUUCUGUAGAUAACAUUCAUAUCCUGUAGAUUUUUACUAGCUAUUUUUCUUACGCCAAAGAUGUUGUUUUGUAGGUUUUCAUGACUUGAAAAUGGUAUACCUGUAGUUUUUUCAAUGACAGAUCUUUAAAAACAAAAAGGAAAAUGUCUAUCUUUCAUGGUCGUACGUUUUGGGAGCGUAAUACAUUUUGAUAAACAUGGAGGAAAAUUCUAUUCAAUCGUUUUUUUUUUUUUUGGAUGAAACGUUGACAACGAUUUUUACUGUUUAAUGACUAAAGGAUAUUUGGAUAUUUUGUAAUAUAAUGUCAAAAGCUCUAUUCCAAAACCUAGUGAGCUGCCUACAAUUAUAAUUUUUUUUAUUGAAAUUGUAACAUUAACAUAAAAUAAGUCAGGGAAGGGAUAUCUUAGCAGGGAAUGCCUUCCCAUAAUGCACUGCGAGAAACAAAACAUUUGAAAAUGAUCCAAAAAGCGAAAUAAUGAUUGUAAAUCUACUUUAGUUCAAUCAAAUACUAAAAGUAUUGAUAAAAUAUUUCUCAAUAUCAGCAUGUUUUAUGUAUAUUUUGCUCAAGUGUUAGCUUAGCAACAUGCUAACAGCAGAUUCUGUUGACAAUGGGCUCUAUGCACAGCUAGAGUUUUAUAGCCAACGAUGAACUUCCGGUUGUGUGGGUAUUUUCAAUUUCACAAGGUUGUUUUUACAGUAUCGAUGUUGUAAUGUAAUUACAAUAUAUAGACUUAAGCAUUCAUUUAGUCGAAUGAGAUGAAAGACCGUUGUAACCACUAGCGCCGUCAGUAGCACUGGCUAGCGCAGAAAUUGCAUUGAAAAAAUACUAAGGUAAAAUAAACGGUCAUGUUUUAAAGACAUGGCGGGGGAGAUUGAAUGUAAUGCAGUGCUUCUUGUCCGAUCUAAGACCCACUUUAUAUCGUAUAUCUAAGCAGUAAAGAUCGCUGAUUUUUAAAGAAAUCAGGUCUUAAAUGUGACAAUUGUACGUGUAAUGGAAAGACAGUUCACUGGAAGCCCUUGGGCUGCCUGGCUGAAAAUUAAAAGUCUGUGUGCUUAUAGUCCAUUGUUUGGAAUUAGAAUUCCUUGUCAACAAGGCAGCUCACUAGGGUUUUAAGAGAGCCUUAAAUGUAGAUUGUUUGGUAAUAAUUCCGCUUGACAAGUAACAAUCGCCUGCAUCGCGUCUGUGGUUUCGCAGUUAUGUUCUAAUUUUAUUGUGGGCUUGAUGUCUAAAUUCCUGAUAACUUCCCCCUAAUGAUUUACUGGUCUACA